AGAAAAAGGGGAAGGGGAACCAAAAAUCCAACAGAAAAAGAAAAACUUGGAAACUACAAGAUCUAAGUCUAACCCACACUUGUGAGAAGAAAAUAAAGAAAAGAAAGGCCGUUCCGUUGGAAGCGAUUGCGUUUUGAUUUAGAAGAAGAAGAAGAAGGGAAUUUAGGGUUUUAGGGAUCAGUGGAAGAGAGAAAAUGAAUAUAUUCAGACUAGCAGGUGACAUGACUCACCUGGCCAGCGUUCUGGUAUUGCUCCUCAAGAUCCACACCAUCAAAUCUUGCGCCGGUAUUUCUCUGAAGACACAAGAACUUUACGCCAUCGUUUUCGCUAGUCGUUACUUGGACAUUUUUACUGAUUUUAUAUCUCUUUACAACACUUGCAUGAAAUUAAUAUUUUUGGGAAGCUCGUUUUCGAUUGUUUGGUACAUGCGUCGCCAUAAGAUUGUUCGAAGGUCUUACGAUAAAGACCAGGACACUUUCCGCCAUUAUUUUCUUCUGUUGCCUUGCCUGCUCUUGGCCCUCCUCUUUAAUGAGAAAUUCACCUUCAAGGAGGUAAUGUGGACCUUUUCGUUGUAUCUAGAAGCCGUUGCCAUACUCCCUCAGCUUGUUCUCUUGCAAAGGACUAGAAACAUUGACAACUUGACCGGCCAAUAUGUAUUUCUUCUUGGUGCAUAUCGAGGGUUAUACAUUCUUAACUGGAUUUAUAGAUACUUCACUGAAUCACACUAUGUUCACUGGAUACCUUGGAUUUCUGGGCUCAUUCAGACACUCGUUUAUGCUGACUUUUUCUACUACUACUUUGACAGCUGGAAGAACAACAAAAAGCUCCAGUUGCCAGCUUGAGUUCCUCAUGCAUCAUGACAUGCAGAGGAUUUCCAUCAGUACCUGGGAUAUGUUCAUUCGUAGAGAACUGAGCUAAACGUUUGUUGAAUUUUGUUUUGCUAUGGAUACUGCCAUCCCAUUUUACAUGUCACUUAGGGAUGUAUACCUUUUUAGAUUAAAGAUGAAUCAUGUCAUAGUUCAUAGGAAGGAUUUCAAGGUUAAGAAAAAUGAAUCUUAGCUUCAGUGUGCCGUCUGUGACGUGAAAAUCAACUUAAUUUCUCAAUUUAUGUGCUGAAAUUGUCGAGUUGUACCUCUGGGUCGGAGCCCCUUUUGUUUUGAUGUAAAUUGUUGAUCCUGAUGCA